AAGAAGAAAUUUUUCGGUAGUAGGAGGUCACCAGUGGAGCAGGUAUAAAAUCAGCCAGAGUUGCACCUAUCUGCAAUCAGUUCUCGCUAACUCUCAUCCAAUUCAGAACUCCUCGGUUUCUCCAAAACCUCAAGAAACAUGAAGACGAUCGCAGUAUUCGCCGCCCUCUUGGCCGUUGCCGCCGCUGCUUCCUUCCAGAAGAAUGAAGACGUUUUUGUUGUCAAAGAGACACCCUCUGACAACAUCGGCCUCGACAACUACAGAUAUGGCUAUGAACUGAGCAACGGACAGCAGCACGAGGAGUCCGCUCAGGUCGAGACCCGCAGCGCCGAAGAAUCCGUCCUCCGCGUCCGUGGAUCUUACAGUUUCGUUAUCGAUGGCGUCACCUACACCGUCAACUACGUCGCUGACGAGAACGGAUUCCAGCCCCAGGGUGCUCAUCUCCCCGUUGCUCCCGUAGCUUAAGUUUAGAUUGAUAGUUAUUUAGUUGAAUAAAAUAGUCGUAUUUACCAAAGAA